AUGCUCGUCACCAAAAACUCGGCAGAACUCUCUGUUCUGCUCAUCGAAGAGCUCUAUGGCCAGCUGCCUUCUCGCAUAUUCGAUAUACUCCUUUCCAAAGGCCGAGCCAAUAUCAAGCAGCUUAGCCAGGGCACAUCCAUGAACCAGCGCCUUGUCCGUCACAGUCUAGCGGUGCUCAUCCAACAGAACCUUCUGUUCCACCACACUGACCCGUUCACACUUGUUACACAAUAUGAGGCAAGACCCGACGUCGCCUACAAUCUCGUACGGACCGGCAAGAUUCUCGAUGCCAUCCACCGCGGCUAUGGCGAAGAAGCGAGGGACAUAGUCCACCAAGUCAUACUCAACGGUCAUAUGAAGGUGUCCGCGCUCAUGCAACUCAGGUCCCAUGUCGCAGCAAAUGGGAAGGCGCACAUGAACGGCCAUGCUAACGGCACCACCGAGGCUUCGGCAGGGAUAGACGACGAUUUCGAACAGUCGCAGCGAACCUUUGAACUUAUCGCACACUUGAUCGCCAUCGGUCUUCUCGAGCCAUUGACCAUGAGGAUGCUCCAGACACCCGAGGACGUGCGCGCCGAGAUCGAACGUGAAGUCAUGAAAGAGUAUCCUACGGGAUUGCGUGGUACAAAGCAGAAGAACGAAUUCAAUUCCAAGACUAUGCAGCACUGGCGGGAGCUCCUAGACGAAAGCAAAGAUUUGAAGCGCAGGCUUGAACCGGAUUAUUCCUCCCUCUCCGCCGUAAAACGGCGAAAACUCGCCAACGGUUCUCGAACAAAUGGAUUCUCUGCCAUAAAUAGAGACGAUAUUAUUGACCCGUACACAAUUCUUCGUGUUAACUACCAGAAGUGCCUGGUCGAGCUUCGGAACCAUAAGCUGGCACACUACGCCGAAGAUGCCAUCGGGCCUGUCACAGCACAGGUCUACGCAGCCAUGCUUUCCGCUCUCGGCAAGAAAAUCACAUCUUGCCAGUUGGAUACAGAAGAUCAGGAUGGCGAUGUACCUAGCGCCCCUUUGGUUACCACCAUGGAGAUAUACGAAUAUCUCAAACCUUCCGUGGAUGUCUUUUCCGGGAUCGGCAAAUGCGACGCCGACGCGAUCAACACUACCCAUGCGGAGAAACUCCAGCGGAACGCACCGGGUUACGAUGCCGACGAAGAGCAUCACGACGAGUCAUCAGAUGAAGAGGAAGCGAACGGCGAUGUACACAUGUCGAACGGCAUUCAGUUAAAUGGGCACCACGGAGAGGACACCAAGGUCAGCCAAAAUGGUGCCAAGGAGGCCAAGGUCAAAUUUGCCGAACGUGUUCCCUCUAAAGGUGAACGGAUUCAACAGAUGCGCCAGCACCUGCUCGUUCUUGCUGAAAGCAAUCUCGGGUUUGUUCGUCACUGCGGUACGAGAGAGUCAGGCGAGUGGACGGUCGAUUUUCAGGUUCUGAUGCCCAAGCUUCAGCUCAUCGAAAUCGAUGCGCUAAUCGAGGAAUCUUUUGGGAGACAAGGCUUACGCCUCAUUAAGAUCCUGCGGGCUAGGGGCAAGAUCGACGAUAAGACCUUGCCUGGUUUUGCAUUGAUGAAGAAGAGCGACGUCUAUCUCAAGAUGACUGAAAUGGAGCUGCAUGGUUUCUUGGAAGUACAAGAAGUCCCUCGUGACAACAAUCGUACCGCUAGUCGUACUCUUUUCCUGUGGUUCUUUGACCAAGAGCGCACCAUGAUGCGCAUACUCGACGAUACCUACAAGGCAAUGUCCCGACACCUGCAGCGACUCGAUGUCGAACGACGAAAGAAGAAGAACGUGCUCUCUGUCGUGGAGCGCAAGGAUGUACAGGGAAUGGAAGAAGAAAAACUGAGAGGCGACAUCUAUAACGAGUACCGCGAGUUCCUUGAUAUAGAGAGUAAACUCCUUGGUCAGGUCUGGAGGUUGGAUGAUCUCGUUGGCAUUUUCCGGGACUUCUAG